GUCCCUUCUGUUCAUGAUCUUUCGAGUCCUGUAGUUUGGUAUUUUCCGUUUCGGAAGAUCUUAUCUUCUCUGUGAAGGUCUCGUAGAUCCGAUCGUUCCGGCGCCUGUCCUCGCCAUCAAAAAGCUGAAUCAGAGCCCCCCAGCGGCUCAUUAGAAAGCUUCUAUGAUGGAUAGUCAGCGAAGCUUUUGGCAACUGGGGGAUGAACUGCGGGGACAGUCUGCUGUGGCGUCGGAGGAUCAGAAAUGGUUGGUGGCGGCGUCGAAACUGGCUGAACAGACUAGAUCGAAAGGAUUGAGAAUGAACAACCUGGAUCCCACUAAGACCACCAUGGACAUGAAACCGACAGAGAAAUUUGGGUUCCAAGAAGAUAACAAGUUUGAGAGCCUUAAUUUCGCUAUGUUGAGUUCGGACUCUAAGCUGAAUGAGCCUGUCAACAAAGCUGGCUAUAUGAAUGGUGUUUAUAAUGCUAAGAUGCUUUAUCAGAAAGGAACUGGAAACGUUAAUGUGGUGGUCGGAGGCAACCUGCCCAGCACUAAUAGCAACACCACUAAGGUGGCAAACAAUAGCUGCAAGACCAACAACAACAAUUACUGCACAAAUAAUAGCAGCAGUAACAGUAAUAGCAACAAUGCUGUUGACAAACGAUUUAAGACGUUGCCUUCAGCGGAGACGCUUCCAAGAAAUGAGGUGCUUGGUGGUUACAUUUUUGUGUGUAACAAUGACACAAUGCAGGAAGAUCUGAAGCGACAGCUUUUUGGCUUGCCAUCCAGAUACCGGGAUUCUGUUCGGGCCAUAACACCGGGUUUGCCUUUGUUCCUGUACAAUUAUGCUACUCACCAGCUACAUGGGAUAUUUGAGGCUGCCAGUUUUGGGGGAACAAACAUUGAUCCAACAGCAUGGGAGGACAAGAAAUGUAAAGGUGAAUCGAGAUUUCCUGCACAGGUGCGAAUCCGUGUAAGGAAGCUCUGCAAAGCGCUCGAAGAAGAUGCUUUCAGGCCUGUUUUGCAUCACUAUGAUGGUCCCAAAUUUCGUCUUGAACUCUCCAUACCAGAGACUUUGGCGUUGCUAGACUUGUGUGAUCAAGGAGGAAGCGAUUGAUGUGCCAACUACAUCAGCUGUAAUAUCUGGAACAUGUUUGAAGACAAAGAAGGGGAAAAAUGACUCCAACUU